GCAUUUUUCGUCUCAAAUUCCCUCCGGCGAUCCCAGAUCAACUCGGAAUCCGGUCUCUCCCUCGCUCUGUAUUGUGUUUGUCUAGUUGGGAAGCUCCCAUAUACCACCUAAAUUUUUUGCUUGGAUAACUUGGCAUGGGAGUUGUGACCAUUUCUAGCUCAGCUGCCCGGAGUCCAUUAGGAUUGAGUGGAAAGUUUUCGAAUCAAAGAACUGCAUCAGGGAGGCCUUUGAUUGUGGCAUUUAAAAGUGAUAAAUCAAAUAGCACAGCUUUGGUUGCGCCGACAGAGCAAAUUCUAUUACCUUUAGAGAAAUCUAAGGAGCACCCAAAGAGACGAGGGAAAGCUAAAAAAACUUCGAAGAGCAUAAGUGGUGUCCGUAUUGAUGAGGCUCUGACAUGUUCCUUGGAACUGGAUUACAAUGAAGCUGCUGUCAAGCUUGAGAAUAUAUUCAACCUUAGCCCUUCCACUAAAGCAUCUGAUUUAGAAGAUGUAGAAGGCCUGAUCAGGAAAAGCAUGCGAAGGAGAAAGAGCAGCGAAGAAGGUAAUGGGAAAGCUGACAGUGCCAGUAAUCAAACUGUGGUUAGGAAUCGGACUAAAAGGACAAAAAGGCUGAGUCUUGAUAAAAGGAUUGCUUUGAAAAAUAAUAAAGAGGCAAAUAUAGUUGCUUCUUUUAGAAAGAAGAAAGAUAGUCAGAGUGAAAAUGAGAAAAUUGAUAGGCUUGUCAGGGAUUAUUCCGCUUCAACCGAUCUGGUUAGCUUGGACUGGAAAAAGAUGAAGAUACCUCCAGUUCUUCCUUCUAGCGAACAUGUUUGGCUGUUCAAGCUAAUGCAACCUUUAAAGGUUCUGCUUCAAGCAAAAGAAAAUUUGCAAGAGGCUUUGGGUAGAGAUCCAACCGAAGGUGAAUUAGCUGAAGCAACAAAGAUGACAGCAGUUGAAGUAAGAAAACACAUUGAGGUUGGUCAAGCUGCCAGAAACAAGCUUAUUAAACACAAUCUCCGGCUUGUUCUGUUUGUGAUCAACAAAUAUUUUCAAGAUUUUGCAAAUGGCCCAAAAUUCCAAGAUCUUUGUCAGGCAGGAGUCAAAGGACUUAUUACAGCCAUUGACCGCUUUGAACCAAAAAGGAAAUUCCGUCUCUCCACUUACAGCCUUUUUUGGAUCAGGCAUGCAAUUAUACGUUCAAUGACACUCUCAAACUUCACACGUGUCCCAUUUGGCCUUGAGUCGGUUAGAGUGGAAAUCCAGAGAGCCAAACUUGAGUUGUUGUUUGAGCUUCAAAGAGAGCCAACCGAAGAAGAGAUAAUUGGAAAGGUUGGGAUCUCUCCUGAGAGGUACCAAGAAGUAAUGAAGGCCUCAAAAUCUGUUGCCUCUCUUCAUUCAAGGCAUGCAGUCACACAGGAAGAGUUCAUUAAUGGGAUUACUGAUAUUGAUGGCGUGGGAGGUGAUAAUCGGAGGCAACCUGCUCUUCUCAGGCUUGCACUUGAUGAUGUGGUAAAUAUUCAUCCCCUCUAAACUUUCUACAUGAUACUCAUUUAUUUCUAUUGAAAUCCUAUUAGGGCCACUAAACAUUUACUAUUGAAAUCCUAUUAGGGCCACUAAACAUUGAGAAAUAAAUAUGAAUAAGAUUUUGUGCCAUGGUCCAUCUGAAAUCAUACAUUCAUUUGGUGCCAUUUGAAAUCAUGCUAGGGUCAUAAAGCACUCUCAAAUAAACUAUCAUAAAAUUUUAGACUUUCAUCCUAAAAGUCAAUAAACAAUUAAUUUAUAUACAAUUAAUUUUAGGACAUUCCUAAAUCCCCGGUGGAACUAGUCAAGGACCAUCAAUUCAUCAUUUCCCAUUUAAUUUCAAGUGGAGACCACAUGAAUUUGGCCUGGCAGCGUGCAUUUCAGCCAAU